UCGAUAAGCAGUAAGAGCCCUGUGUUUGUAAUUUUGACUCACUCAAUUUCAUUGGCUGGAUUCUCAUCUUUUUGACACAUGAGGGAAACAGUUCGUGCAGUGUUACACACCUGCACCCUCGCCAUUGUGUACAAUAUUUUUAUUGUCUUGACAAACGACCGGCGACAUUAUUGUCAUGAUAUUGUGGUUCACUGCUUGAGCUUAUUGUUAUGAUGUGUAACUGGUAUCAGAGUUGUCCACUAGUCGGAUCAGCGAAUCAGUUCGUCAACGAAUUUUAAUCUAAACAAAACAAACUUUUAGAAAAAAAAAAAAUCUAAACACAAGCAGUGCCAGUGUGAGUGAGCCAGUGGAUAACAUUAUUUAAACUAAUUAAAGUUACACAAGUUACAAAUGUCUGGUUUAAAAUUGGGAAUUCUCAGGCUAGGAAGAGUAGCUGGAAAGUCAAAAUAUGCUCUGUUAGAUGAGCGAGACAUCAGCAUCGUACAACAACAUGCCAUAGAACCAAGAGUGGAAGUAGAUAAAAACGGAAACGGAGCUCGCAUUUACGCCAUAGCACAUGACAUUGGAAAGAGUCGUGGCAACGGGAGGUAUCUUCACGAGUUUCUCUGGGAACGGCAUAAAGGCGGCAUAGCGCCAGGUUGGAAGGUGGUCCACAAGAACAACGUCACUGUGGACAAUCGUCUAGACAAUUUGGAGCUGGUCAAGGAUGACUGCACGGUGCUACAGCAGCAAGACGAGAGCUCUGGGGCACACAGUAAGAACAGGGAGAACAGCUUGUAUUGGAUCACAGUGACUCAGUUGUUGGGAGACCCUUUGGAAAUGAACUAUCAUCAUUUCAAUAAAUGGUAUGACUUCAAUGGAGAUGUAGUGGACCCAGCAGGUGAGAGUUAUAUUUAUUAUGAGUGUCACUAUCCUCCUUGUACAAGAAUGGAAAGAGAGCUGAGGGAAUUUAGUAUAUGUGGCAGAUGUCAGGAAGUCAGAUACUGUGGUACCUCAUGCCAGGAACGAGACUGGCCAUCACACAAACGGUUCUGUCGUGAACGUCGCAGGCACACAAGAGAAAGCACCCCGGAUCGGUGAUGAGCUUUUAAUUCCUUGCCAUCCAUUCACCACCCCGCUGUCCAUCUAAAAGCUAGUCUUCUGUGUUAUUUAUUUCAUCUCUCAUAAUUCAUUUGUGAACCAGUAUCAUUACCAAAAGAUACUUUUUUAUAAACAAAUCAUUUCCAGUUUUAAAAUCAUUCCUUAUGAUGAAUCCGACUGCAUAAUUUCUCUGAUGACCAAAAAUGUAUGUACUGUUUUUAAAGCGUUUCAUUCCAUUAUUACAUUUUUAACUCCCCUUACGAAUUCCAAUAUUGUUAAUAUUCUUUGACAAUUUUUUGUGUGUGGAAAUAUUUUUAAAAUGUUUUACCUCUAGAUUAUAUAAUUUAUAUAUUGUCGCCUGCAUACCUGAUAGUGACAUUGUAUGUUUUUCUACCUAUGUGAUAAAUUUUUUCUUUCCCCAAGUUUUCUUUUUUCUUUGAAAAAAGGAAGUGAGCAGUCAUGUUAUAUUUAUUUCUGGUUAAAAAAAAUAAAAUUGGAAUGAACCAAAAGAAAAAACCUGACAGCAAGUUUAAGCUCUGUGUUGAACCAAAUCUAUUGUUGCUAUAUUUUUGUUUAGACUUGAAUUUUUUAGCCAACACUUCUUAAAGAGAUAGAAGGAGGGAUGCCAGUAUUUUUUAAAAUUAAAGAUUUUAUUUAACUUGCUCUCUUUUGAUUCAGUAAGAUCAAAUGUUUCUAUCCAUUUUCAAAAACUUUUUUAUUUCACUGAAAAAAAAGCAACAAACUUAUAGCUAUCAUGGAAACAGAAUUUUUAUUCUCUGAAAUAAAUAAUCUGUCGAGUUUUUGUAUAACUUUAUUUGUUCAACCAGCAACAUUUUUUUUAUUUCUCUCUUGAUCAAGUCUUGUACAUGUGAAUCUCUCGUACUGCGUGAUGGGAAGCUUGACUUUUUGUUAAGUAUAAAUAGUAUUUAUCUUCAUAUUAUCUGAUGAUGACCAGCUUGAUCCUACCUUAGGUGAGAGACUUAAGCCACAUCAUUGCUCUGAUAACUGCGUUUGCUUGCCAUAAUUUUUAAAAGAACUUUUUACAUUUAAUAUGUGUGCAGCUUGUAUAAUAGUAAAUUAACCUAUUUUUUAUUGUCUUUUAUCUUUUCCUGUAGAUUUUAUUUUUAUAGUAACCUGACAUUUCUGUUUUGUUUUUACUGCAAUGGCAUGGUUUUUUAUUUGAUGCCUGUUUCUUGUACACAAACCAAAUAAACAAUCCAUAAUGCAUUUAAUAUCUGUUGGUAUGCUUUUAACAUUCAGUGUAUAGGGAAGUAAGAAUCUAUGAUGUUGUUUUAACUAAGCUGCUCUCUCUUUAUUUCAACUAUGCUCAGCUCCCAGCAUGCAGAAAUUUAGAUUUAAAAUAUACACAAAUUUUUAU